UAGUCCGACGUUUACCUUUAUUGACGACUAUAAAGAGCCUGUUUUCUCAAAUGUUUUUUUGUGGUACUGCUGAUCUCUAGGCCUAGUGUUUUUUUUUUGUUGUUUUCAAAAUAUCUUAUCAAUGUUCAUAGCCUAAAUACUGUAUAUAACUGAAUAGCAUGGGACCUGUGCCCAAGGAAGAAAGGAGUGAACCAAGCCAUGGCAACAAAGAUGACUUACUAAUGGAGCCUGGCUUUGCUGUCAUGGAGAACGAUGCAAGUGACAGUGAUGAGAACAGCAGUGAUGAAGAUCAUGCUGAUAUUGUCAAUCAAGGAUAUCAGCUCCUCUCACAAGAUGUUGAUCCAAUUAUAAAUGAAGAUUGCUUGUUAGCUGCAGAAGCCAGUGCAAGGGUCUCUGAUGGACAACCAAAAGGUGACCAGUCAGAAAUAUCUGCUCAACUUGCCCAUGUUUUACCUAAAGAGACUCCAAAACCAGAUAUGUCAACAGUUGUCACUCAUACUGAUUCACCUGAGUCGCUGAAACACAGACGAGAAAUUAUGGCAAGCGAUGAUCAGAUCAGAGCGGCAAUGUCUGGCUUUUCAUUGCCCACUGCAUCUGUGCCAAACUGGGCAAACUUUGUCCAAGAGAAAGACUGGAAAACAAAUCUUAUACAGAAGAUUCAAAAAGAAGGAAAUGGCACUGAUAAAAAAUCAUGAUACUGUACAGUAUCUACGACAUAGUGUAGCAGAUUCUGGUGCUUGGGCCUUUGGAUGAUGGAGGUUUUAUCCAAACAACAUCAAUAUUAAUUAUUAUUGUUAUUAUUGUUGUAUUAUUAUUUAUUUAACAUCACUAUUGAUGUAACAAUGUGGCACAUACAGUAGACGUUUAUUGUAUUCCAAUCUUAAGUUUCCAUAAAAUGAUGAUAGUUAUGGUUUAUGUUUAUCAGCAUUGUGUAAUUAUUAAAGUCAAUAAAUUAAACUUGCGAAAAAAGCCUGUUCUGGACACCCUAGUUACGACUUUGCAAUACAGUUGGUUUGGUGAAAUGUGUUCAGAAGCAGCUUUGCUGGCCUGGUGAACCCUGUUAUAAAUUUCGUUACAAUUAUUGAAAAAUGCUGAAAAUUCAAUACUGACACUGUUGUCAAUAAUCAAGUAAUUUAUUAAGCCAGAUUCUCAGUGCGCCCGGCAAUCUUCAGCCAAUGCGAUUCUAUCCACAACACGCGCACAACAAAUUGUUUUUGAUGAUUGUCAUCGAUAAUCAGCAGAUGGUGUUGCGUCGUUUAACAGGGAGUGGAGUUAAAUUCGACAGUCGUAGGAGGCAGUGAAUGCUUGGCUUCACACUGCAAAAUGUAUGAGCUGCAGUGAGCAGUAUCUGAUGAAAUACUAUAACUCACCAAUGAUUUAUGUAGAGGCCCUUGUGUCUAAUCAUACAUAGGCUAAUAACUUUGGAUUAUUUUAUUUGUUAUAGUAUGAUGAAUUAUAUCAUUUAUGAAUUGUAUAAACUCAGCAAAAUUGGAGUUAAUUAUGAAGGAAUUAAGUAGGUAACACUCAGAAACUACAAACUAGUGGACCUGUUACAUGUUACAGAUUCACAUAUAUAGAUAGUGUUUAUGAAUCUGUGGUUUUUUUUUUAUAUAAUACUGUACAAUUUGAAAGACAAUCAAAUUCCUAAAAUCAUCUAUAAUUUAGUAUAUAAACAUGUUUAUAUCAGUAGUAUAGAUAUCAUUCACAACAGGCAGCUAAGCAUCUCCUGUUUUGUUUUUUGUUUUUUUCAUGGUAUAUUUUAUUCAAAAACAGUUACAAUUGAUAAUAAAAAGUUUUAGUUAAAAACCUAAAUUGGCACUAUAAUUAGUAUAACUCACCAAUGCCAAUAAAUAGUAUAACUCAACAAUUGCGGAUGUGGUUUGGCGCAGCAAGAAUGGUUUGGUUUUCCAACCGCGCUGUGAAUUUCACAUGUGUUCUUGGGCAAGGCACUUUAUCUGCAUUGCUUCUCUCCACCCAGUAGUAUAAAUGGGUACCUGGUAGGGUUAUAUGCCAAUAUGCGCUGAUGUAGCUGCUGCAACAUUAUUGAAUACUCCCCCAGGGAGCUUGAGUUUGUGUUCCAUAGGCUUUUAAUCAAGUGACGGGGUAAUGAUAAUGUGAAGUGCAUAGAGGGCUUAACAAUAUGUGCUAUAUAAGUCUAGCAUUAUUAUUAAUACAAGCAACAAAAAGGAAAAUUCAUAGUACACGAGACAUUCAAUAUAAAAUACAAAUUUAAAAAAACAGGAAACAAGGGCCUGCCAAUAACUCUGGUACCAAAAAAUGAACAUACACAUGAUUAAAAUAUAUAAUGUUGACUUCAGACAAUCGCAUCAAGAACCAUGUGUCCUAUUAGAUUACAUUAUACUGGUGGCUACAAAUACCAUGUGUCCAAUCAUUAUGGUUCUUGCAUGUUUUUUUGGAAAAUUAUGGAAACAUGAUCUCAGUGUUUGUUUUCCAGGUCCUUGAAAGUCAUGGAAAAUAAAAUUGGAGAAGUUACGGAAAUAUGUGGAAAUCAAAAUGAAUUGCUUUGCAUGGGGGUUACACUGCCACACGCCAAGAAAACUAUUUUGUGAAAUUUAGUUUCUGUGAUAUACGGUGUUGGAAAUUUAAAUUUAUUGGUAUAGAAAAGUUACGGAAAUAUUUGUGAACCAAGGUAUAUGAACCCUGAAUCAUGCAGUGUGGUAUCCCAAGUGUCUAAUCGUUCCAUGCAUUCACUUAUCUGGUGACUAUUCACCUAAAUUAACAGUUAAUUUAGGUGUUAUGAAAACAAAGGCUGUGCUUCAUAAUGCUUAAAUUAACUGUUAGAACAAUUAAUCCGACAAUAAUAAGAUUAUUACAGUAGAUUUUAGAAAUAAUGGGUUGAAAGGUUGAACCAAUGCACUUUAUAGUUGACAUUCCAAGUGUUUAUCUCUAUUACAGUAAUAAAUGUAUUCAGUUUUAUGCAUGUUUAUGAAUUAAGGAAUAUUUCUGUUUUUGUCUCUUGUGUGUUUACAUUUUAACCUGUCCAAUCAUGGAGUUAUAAUUAUUUUGUUAUAGCUCCAUGAUAUACCUAUUUUGCUUACUUUUUAAAUGGCUUUUGUGUACAGUAUGAUUGUCAUUACAUCUUGAAAAUUACAUUUAUGGAUUCAGUUAUGAACAGAAAUAAUAUGCUGGUCUUGUAAUCUCUUUAGUGCUUCAUAUGAUUUCCUUAGGUCAUGGGAUCAACUACUGUAGAAUACAUUAUAUUGGCUUCCUGGGGAAACUUUUUAGCUAGUAAUUCUGUGAAGUGGAAUUUAAACCUACCAGACACCCAUUGAGGCCAACAACACAAGUAAAAUGCCUUGCUCAAUAGAACAAUAUUGCAGCCCCUUUCUUGAACAUUGGAUUUUAAAUUUGCCACAUAAUGGCAUACUGUAUACCCACAUUAUUAAUGCAUUGCAUUGUAUAGAAAUGUUAAUGCAUUGUACAAUAGGGCCUACUGUACUAAUAAAUAUCACAUAAAUCAUCA